AUGCAAGAAGAUAUUAUUAUUACCGGAUAUAAGGUCCAUGACAUUAGAUUUCCAACAAGCUUAGAUGGUAUUGGAUCCGACGCCAUGCAUGUUGGAACCAAUGGUUCUCACCCCUAUCUUCAAUUAUUUACUUCAUCAGAUUACAUUGGUGAAGGUAUGGCUUUCAGUAAUGGGAGAGGUUCUGAAUUGGUUUGUGGAGCUAUUGAAGUAUUCGCUGACAGAGUUGUGGGUAAAAGUCUCAAAUCUUUAGUAGAAAAUAUGGGAGUUACUUGGAGAUAUAUGGUUUCUGAUUCCCAAUAUCGUUGGAUCGGCCCGGAAAAGGGUGUUACUCAUUUAGCUACAGCUGCAGUUAUAAAUGGGAUUUGGGAUUUAUGGGCCAAGACCAAGAAUAUGCCAGUAUGGCAAUUAGUUAGUGAGAUGCUGCCUGAAGAAAUAGUCAGAUGUAUUGACUUCCGUUACAUCACCGAUGUCAUUACACCUGAAGAAGCCAUUGCCAUGUUGAAAAAAACCCAUGUAGGUAAAGAAGAUCGUGUUAAAGAAGCUUUUGAUAACGUAGCUGUUCCUGCUUAUACAACAUCAGCUGGUUGGUUAGCAUUCCUGGGAGAAAAGAUGAAACAAGUAUUGCAAGAAACCAUUGACAGUGGAUUCAAGAUUUUUAAAUUUAAAGUUGGUAAGGAUUUGGAAGAAGACAAACAAAGAUUGAAAGCAGUAAGAGAUAUUAUUGGAUAUGAUGAUCAAUAUCAAAUCAUGAUUGAUGCCAAUCAAGUAUGGUCAGUACCUGAAGCCAUUGAAUGGAUGAAAGAACUUGUUCAGUUCAAACCAGUAUUCAUUGAAGAGCCAACAAGUCCUGAUGAUAUUUUGGGUCAUGCUACUAUCAGGAAAGCUUUGAAACCUUACGGAGUUGGGGUUGCUACCGGAGAAAUGGCUGCUAAUAGAGUGAUUUUCAAACAACUCUUACAAGCUGAUGCCAUUGAUGUGUGCCAAAUUGAUGCUGUGAGAUUGGGAGGUGUUAAUGAAUGUUUAGCUGUGAUGUUAAUGGCCCUCAAGUUCAAUAUUCCUUGUGUUCCUCAUAAUGGAGCUAUGGGAUUAACUGAAUUAACUUCCCAUUUGAGUACCAUUGAUUAUAUUGCUAUCAGUGGACGUAAAUCAAUGCUUGAAGCAGCAGAAAGUUAUAGAGAAAAUCUUGCCCAUCCUUCAGUUAUCAAAAAUGCCCAUUACGUGACUCCUUUGGACCCUGGUUAUUCCAUUGGAUACGUUGAUGGAGCAAUUGAAAAAUACUUGUAUCCUAACGGAACCUUCUGGACUUCCGAAGUUGGAGAAAAAAUCAAAGCUGCCCCCAAAGGUGGUGAACAUUUGUUGAAAUAG